GUGUGUAUGUGUGACACAUCGAGAUGUCAAAAAAGUUUCUGCUUGAUUUGGAUCUUAUUUUUAUAUCAUUUGUGUCCUUAGUAUCAAUUUGAUUAAUUGUAUUGGCAUCAAGUGAUUGUUAAAUAGUGUUACAAGUGAUUUAUGAAGUGAAUAAACAAAUUUCUUUCAAGAUGCCCAGCGUCUGUGCAGUGAAAUAUUGUGGGAAAUCCACAGCAAAGGGAGAUAAUGUACAAAUGUUUCGCUUUCCCAAAAAUACAACUCAGCGGAUGCAAUGGAUUAAUUUCACGCAGCGAAUAGAUGCAUUCGUUGUAGAAAAUGCAAGAAUUUGUUCAGAGCAUUUUUGUGAGGAUGAUUUCACUGAAACGACUUUUGCAAAUUUUACCCGAAAGAGCCUAAAAGCUAAUGUUGUGCCAAGUAUUUAUCCAGCAUCAAUUCAUGGGCCCAGCAAAUCAUUGAUGAUUUCCUCAUCUGAAGCAUUUUCCAUGGAAUCCCAGACAGAUAUUGCAGCAAUUUGUGGCGAAAGGCUUGAGAGUAACUCACACACUAAAAUGGAUUUUGAAGAGAUCCAAAUUAAGGAGGAGCCAGGUUUAUUAGAUUCUGUUUUUGUAAAAACUGAGUAUGAGCUCACAGAACAAGAAGAUCCCCUUCCUUUCAAUCAGAAUGAAUAUGAUGAAUACCUAAAGAAUGAAAUCAAAACCGAAAAUUCUGAAGAUGUAGUUCAAUUCGAAAUAACAGAAAUUUCCGGACAUCCUUCAAAUUAUCAACAUGGUGAUAUGGGGCACAAACCAUGGCGCUCAGUUGAAAUGAAUGAACAUUCACUUGAAAAAUCAGAAGUAUUUCAUUGCUCCUACUGCUGGGAAAUACACAAAAGUAAAUUUUCCUUAACGGAGCAUCUUAUGUACCAUUUGUACCUAAUGAAAAACAACUUUGAGUGUAAAAUCUGCUACAAGAGAUUCAACUCUACAAAUCGUUUGAAACAACAUGUGAAGUCAUUUCAUUCGCAAAACAAGAAGAUUUCGUCUCCUCCAAAGCGCAAAGGAAGGCCAAAGAAGGUUGUAGUAGAAGAACCAAUGAAAUGCCCAUAUUGCGAAAAGGCAAUUUUCAAGGCUCGUACUCUUGAGAAUCACAUGUCUACGGAUCAUUAUGGACUUCCAUUUGAUAAUAUAAAUGGACCUUUCACGUGUACAGUCUGUGGAGAAGAUUACGAAGUUCUAAAUGACCUGAAGAAGCACGUUCGAAAGCAUACUGUAAAGGAGAGCUAUCAAUGUGGAUUUUGUAAACUAAUACUGUUGACAGAAAAGGAAAUACGCGAUCAUGCUGAUAGAUAUCACAAGGAAUGCAAACUGCCCAAACGAUUUCCUUAUAUUUGGAAAUUAGUGACUUGCCCUUACACCGGUAAAACUGUUCCUGCAAGAGAAUUCAUUUUAUCUAGGAAAAGUUUGAUCUGUAUCUUCUGCGAAAAGGUUUUCCUUGAUCCUAAUUCCAUGAAAAUGCAUAUAGCUGACGAUCAUCGGGGUUUUUCAGUUAAUCAAACUAAUGGAUUUUUCUUAUGCACAAUUUGUGGGCAAGAAUACGAGCUUCUGGAUGAUCUUGAGAAACACGUAAUAAUACAUUCCAGUAAAGAGACUUACGAAUGUGAAUUUUGCAAAUUGAGACUUCUUACGAAGAAGGAAAUGGUUGAUCACAUAGUCAAACAUCACCACAAACCAACUUCAAAGCCUAUAAUGGAUUAUCGUAGAGUCAAGAAAGCUCCCCUGCCAAAAACUAACAAAUGUGCCUAUUGCGACAGAAAAUUUGUUAGAAAUGCGAGACUUAAUAAUCACAUUUCUAAUGUGCAUUAUGGUCUUCCACUUAAACCAAAUUCCAAUGGAUCUUUCACUUGCACAGUCUGUGGGAAAAAUUACGAGAUUUUAGAUGAGUUGAAGAAACACGUAAGAGGACAUGCUAUAAAGGAGAGUUAUCAGUGUGCAUUUUGCAAUCAAAUAGUGCUCACUGAGAGAGAAAUAUAUAAUCACGUAGAUGCGUAUCACCAUAGAAGUCCAUUACCUGAUUCAUUUCCCUUGGAUUGGAAAUUGGUGACAUGUCCCCAUACUGGUAAAACCAUUCCUGCAAAAUCAUCAAGAACGUUUUACAAAUGCCCAAUAUGUCCUAGAAUAUUCUCUGAUACGGAAUCCGUAGAGAAUCAUAUACAGAAACAUAAAAAGAACUACUUAAAAUACGAAUGUACAGUGUGUCAUAUGGCUUUCCCGGAAGAAGACAAUAUAGCCUUAAAUCAUUUGAAACGACAUGAAUCGUAUGAUCCCAUAAAUAAUUAUUCGCCUUUUCAUCUGCUGAAGAGAAUAAAAAAUUCGAAAACAGCUCAAGCAAGUACAGAUUCACCGAGUAGUACAAGUUUGUUGGAUCAAAAACCUGUACUCCAAAACAAAAAACCAAUCGAAGAUCACGAAUCACCAAAUGAAUUGAAGGAGUCAUCUGUGAAUUCGGUGUUCCAACUCCUGAAGAAAGCGGAUGAUUCGAAAACAGAUACGAAUCCCACCGAAUCAUCAAGUAGCACAGUGAAUCUGUUGGAAAAGAAAGCAAAUGCAAAUGGUCUGAAGGACCCAAAUCAAAUUGAUAAUUCCAUAAAUUCCUUGUUCCAUCUACUCAAGAAAGCCCAGGAUGCUAAGAAAAUUAUUAGGAACAGAUAUCCGUUAAAGAGUUCAAGUGCAAGUGGAAAAUCCUAAAUUGUGGAAGCGCAUAAACACACUGAUGUGUACAACAAUCAGCAUCAAAGGCCCCGUUCCGGCCAAUUUCACAUAGUCAGCGGUUUGCCUUAUAGUAAAAUGAUUUUUUAUUUAAAAAAUAAAUAAAUUGAAUUCCGUAA